UAGCGAAAAGUUACGCUUUUAAUCAGAUCAGAUAUCUGUAAAUACUUUCAAAUGAUCCACAUUUUUUGCAUUUUCUCCGUAAAUUUUUCUUUACAAGAAGGUAGUCUUUAAAUCGUGAAAUUUCAAAUUGUGUAAAUAAUGAUCACAGAUCGAGAAUUUACAAAUUUAUAAAAUUCAAGGUCAAAUAAAACCUCAAGAUGCCCAAGAAGAUGAGCGGUGAGAACUCCAAGGCGACGGCGGCUCGUGAGCGUAAAAAUGAAAAGUUGACGGCGGAUAAAAAUGCUAAAGAGAAAGCUAAGGAGGACGCCUACUGGGAGGACGAUGAUAAAAGUUUGGCUAAAAAACAAUCCCGGAAAGAAGAUCAGGAAAAGAAACGUCUUGAAGCUCUGGCUAAGAAGAAGGAACGUGAUGAGCUGGCUGCACAAGAAGAAAAGGAAACCCUGUCUAAGAUCGUAAAAGUAAACCCUGUUAAACAAACUCAAGCCAGGAUACGAGAAGAGACGGAGAGAAGAGAGAUUGCCGCGAAGAAAGCUUCAACGAAACCAGAAUUAGAAACUCAUCUUUCUAAACCUAUUGAAGUCAACGUUAACAGAGUUAAUGUUGAUGGUUCGGAGGCUAGAACCAUUGAUGAGGCCAUAUCCGUUCUCUCCGUUUCCUCUGAACCUGUGGUAGACAAGCACCCUGAGAAGAGAAUGAAGGCGGCCUACGAAGAGUUUGAAAAUAUUCGUCUCCCCCAGCUUAAAUCUGAAAACCCUAAUAUGCGUCUAAGUCAACUAAAACAGAUGUUGAGAAAAGAAUGGCAAAAACAUCCAAAUAACCCACUUAUUGCAUCUAUGAGAAGUUAGACUGUUUUCUUAUUUAUCUAAUGAAAAAAAAUCUAGGUUUAUGAAAUAUUUUCUGAAAUUAUUCUUGUAAACAAUUCCACUGACCUCGUUACCAGA